AUGUCUCGCACACUACCCACCCUCGCGCGGCCCCUCGAGGCGCUCGCCGUCGACAUGCCGACGUCCGUCGUCGCGCCAGCGGCCGCGCUCGCUUCCGCGGCGCUCGCCCGCCGCGGCGGCUCGCGCGCCGCGCGCGUCUCAGGACGCCCGACGCGAGCCGCCGCGUCGGCCGCGCGUCCCCGUCGCGACGACGCGGGCGGCGUCGACGUCGUCUCCGUCGAGAUCGAGCGCGCCGCGCGUUCUUCGUUCGCGCGCGGCGGCUCGUCGCGUCUCAUCCGCCAGAGUCAGGCGUCCCGCGGCCGCCGCCGCCGCCGCGCGACGACCGCGACGCGCGCGAUGGCCGGGGGGGAGACGGACUACUACGCCCUCCUCGGCGUCUCGAAGACCGCGGACGCGAAGGAGAUAAAGCGAGCGUUCCGCAAAGCCGCGCUGAAGUACCAUCCCGACGUGAACAAGGCCGCGGACGCGACGACGCGGUUCAACCAAUACAAGACCGCGUACAACACGCUGUCGAACCCGGACGAGCGACGGAAGUACGACAUCCUCCGCGCGGGGGGCGGGUUCGGCGCGGCGUGGGGAGGCGGCGCGUCGAGGUCGAGUUGGGGCGCCGGGACGUCGUCGUCGUCGUCGCCGCCGCGGGGGUACAAACCCAAAGAAGAGGAGGAGUUCUACGGCUUCGGGCAGUUCUUCGAGGACAUGGAGAAAGAGUGGAGAGAGUUCGAGAAGUCGCGACCGGACCCGGGGCGGCCGCGGACGCUGUGGGAGGAGCUCAGCGCGCUCGGGGAGGAGUUCGUGGACUUUUUAGAAGAGGCGACGCCCGAGGUGGCGGAAGCGGUGAAGGACGCGCGCGCGAGAGACCCGUUCGACGCGUACGAGGCGACGUUCCGCGAUGACGAGAAGCGGGCGGAGGGGUACGCGCGUCGCGGGGGCGCGGCGUCGAGCGCGUCGCCGAAGAAGGAGGACACCGUCGACGAUAUGCUCGACGCGUUGAAGCGAAAGAUGGGGAAAAAGUAG